CUGUGUUCUAAAUGAAUUGGAAAAGAAGGGUUAACUUUUACAAAGCACGUUGGUUUAUUGACAUAGAUGCAUGAUGGGAAAGCAUUGAAUUGCGCACGCAGUUUAAAGACUUUUGCACUUCCGGGUAGUGCUUUGUUGUUCGAAAGCAGCAAAGAUGCCUCGCCGAAAACAAGCUAACCCUACAGCAGUUAAAUCUGAUGAUAAUGAAGAUGAUGAAAACACAGUUGCUCAAGAUGACAAAGAGGAAGAUCUGAAAAAGCAAGAAGAUGAAAGAGGUGGAACAGUAGAACAAAUGUCCAAUCCAAUCUCUGGUGGUAAGAUGUCACUGAGGCAGAGAAGUCCUCAAAAGACACCAAAAGAUGUCAGCAGCGAAGAACAAUCAGAAUUUUUCAAGAUAGAUGACCCAACUUUAAGUGUCAAAGCAGAAACAGCCAAUGAUCCCAUCUUCCCACAAAAUGAACUUAUGAUUGACCUCAGUCGACCUUCCAGUGACGUUGAGAGUUCAGAUGAUUUAGUGUCGGCAAGUUUGGUAAAUUCUAAGCAUGCUGGAAAUGUAGGUGUCGCUAGGGUAGCUAAUGGCAGUGCUAAGCAACGGCGAAAAUGUGAUAGGAUAAAUCCUAUCACAACACCAGACGGAAUGAUGAAAUAUCCGUGCCCAACGUGUGACAGGCUUUUAGAAACAUCAAAAGCAUUAACACAACAUAUACGCUCACAUAAUCAGUCAACGGCCCAGUCAACGAUGAACUGCACAAUUUGUAACAAAGUUUUGAGUUCUGUUAGUUCAUUGGAUAGACACAUGCUGGUUCACUCAGGGGAAAAACCACACAAAUGCAAGUAUUGCUCAAUGGCAUUCACCACAAAUGGAAACAUGAACCGCCACAUGAAAGUUCAUGAAAAAUCAGCAGAAAGUUCUCCAGUGCCAGAAGUUCAGCCAACCAUUCCUGUUGCAUUAACCAAUGAAGUGACUUAUUCAAAAAGAGGUCGCAAACGGCGUAGUAACCCAACACCAGAAGUUCAAGAUAGUCGACCAGAGUUACGAAAAAGAGGCCGUCGUAGCGGCAUAGAAUUAGAAUCUGAUUCUACCACUUCAACACCAACAUCAUCUGCGACUAAGAGCAUUGUGGGAUCAAAUGAAAGAGUAGAAGAUGAGGUUCCAAUACCAGAUGCAUUGGAAUUGUUUGAUGGAGUCUUACCCCUGGUCUCCCCUUCAAAGAGACAGCUACAGAGGAUUGCAGCAGCCAAGAUGCAGGAUCAGGCUACCGCUAAGAAAAAGAUGGAAUUGAAGACAGGGGAUAAAUGGGAGUACAUAGUGCAGCCUAGCAGUCACCCAGAGCAGCUACAAUGUCCAGUGUGCCAGAAAUCUUUCCUUUGUAGCUAUGGUCUGUCCACACAUAUGGAGAUCCACCCAAACAUCUCUGUACACUGCUCCCAGUGCAACCUUACUUUCCGCACCCCUAAAGGUCUUGAAACGCACAAACGUAUGAUCCAUGGGAAGAAAGAGGGAGGGGGUAAUGGCACCAAUAAUCCUAUCCCGAUAGGAUUUCAUGAUUUAUCAUUCACUGAUUUCUGUAUCAAAAAAUUUCCACUUAUUUCGAAGGUUUGGUGUGAGAGCAGUCCCCGUCAGGCGAGUAGCGUGUUCCAUAACUUUGAAUGUGAGGCCUGUGGCCAGGCAUUCCCUUGUGAAAGUGCGCUCAUGAUUCAUUCAGAGUCUCACAAUCUUAAGACAAAAACAAAGUGCCCAUUUUGUGAGGGUGAUUUCCUGAGUAAUGCAACCCUGCGAACUCAUCUAUUGCAACAUAUGCCAAAUAAAUUAUUCCUUGAAGCUCAAGCGAGACAACAUUUGAGCGAUUCUGGAUCCAAUACAAUUCAGAAGCCCAUUGAAGUGGAGAAAAAUGAUUUCAUGGCUCUUAUAGGUCUUCACAAGCCCUCAACCCAAAAGGACCCCUUGAAAGAAAAACUAGCUUUCCAUGAGUACCGCUACAAUGAUAGUUAUUACCAGAGACUGAAUAUUAUGGAAAGUCUUGUCCUGACCCCAAAGAAACUUCCAGAAGUGGUGCAUAAUAAGGACAAAGAGAACUCAGAUUUUGCAGAUAUUUCACAGAUUUUGAAGCUAACAAACAUGGGUGGGAAUAUCAAUGAAUUAGCCAACUCUCCGACUCAGAUGCCUAAAUUGAAAGCCAUAGCCAAUCAGGAGGAAGUUCAUGCUGGUCAAUCUCUUAUGCAACCUCCUUCACUCCAACUCAUGGGAUCAACUACCCACCAGGUGUCUCCACUAGGGCCCAUUCGAAAUCCGUCUGCUGAGACUCAAAAAGAGGCUAUAACCUUGACCUGUAAAUAUUGUCCCAUGGUAUUCAACAACUUCAGAGACAAGAAAGCCCAUGGAUGUGUGAGACAGUAUGGCAAUCUCUACAUUUGCAGCAGAUGUGGACAUCGCAGUAGCGUAAAGGGCCCUAUGGUUCGCCAUGUUAUCGCAUGUACGGAUCCAUCUUGGGCAAGCCCCAUACAAAUAACUCAUAACGGGGAGCGGCCGUUUCUAUGCCUCGUUUGCGAUUUUGCCUUCACGACGAAAGCAAAUUGUGAGCGCCAUAUUAGGAAAAAACAUGGCUACACUACAAGAGCCGAAAUAGAAGCAACAAUCGGCUACAAUGAAGCUCAGGCAAAAGCGCCACCUAGUAUAGAAACAUUCCGAUCCCCAGAUACAGUUUGCCAAUAUUGUAAAGUAGACUUUAAGUUCUUCCGUGCCCUUAAACACCACAUUAGAUCUAGUAAUAGUUGUAGACAAAAGCCUUAUGAAUGUAAAGUUUGCCAUGUGGGGUUUUCCACAAAGGCAAACUGUUUGAGACAUAUCUUAAAACAGCAUGCCCCUGUUCCUCAAAAUCUCCUAGACUCUUAUGUAACAAUAAAUGAAACGGCCUUGGCUGUAUUUGAGAGAGACAAUCUAGAAAUUGCUCAAGCCCAAACUGCUAGAUCAACCCAAAUUACAACGCAAUUACCAGUGCCCCCUAUUGCCCAUAAUCCAAACCAGUCGCCCAAAGUCCCAUCUUUCGGAAAAACCAAAAUUGGAGGAACUUUUGCCCCAGAUGGAAUGUUUAUAAAACAAGAGCCAGAUACUAUUCAUGUUGGAGAUGAUCAUGACCAACCUUUGAAUCUAUGUUUGAAAGCUGACACUUCCGUUUCCAUGAACAACAAUACCGCAACCAAUGGCAACACAACAUAUCCAUUGAACGAUAGUAACAAGCUUGGGACAGCAGAUCAACCAAUAGAUUUGACAGUGCAUGGUAGAACAGGACCAGAGGCUUCAAAAGUGACCCUAGAUGGUGGGUAUAUAGACCACAAUAGUAGUGGUUCCCUGCAUGCUAGUCCAGGUUUCUCACCACCAGGGGGACCUACUGUGCAUGUUAAACAGGAAGUGAUGCAUGUGACUCCCUCUGGUGUCAGUGGGUCUAACUAUUGUGAUCCAGGCAUGAUGCGCUACAAGAAGGAGUACCAAAGAUUCUAUAACCCUAGGGUGGGUAAACUGCAGUGCCCCUACUGUAAAAUGAUAUUCAAGCAUGGUCUAAAGCUCAACGUCCAUCUGAGGUCACACACUAAUGAACGUCCUUUCCAAUGCUCUCAUUGUCCAGCCGGAUUUACCAUCAAAACAAACCUUGAACGACAUCUAAAGACACGUCACCCUUAUAUUGAUGAAACAGCUCCAUCUAUUUCUCAUGAACCACCCCAAAAUAAAUCCACCCAUUCACCCCUUGAGGCUCAUUUGCAACGCAGAGCUGUGAAACAUGACUUAAAACCUCCAAUGAUAGUGAAACCAAUAUCUUUACCACCCACACCUAAGACAAGGCUGAGAAAGACCUCGGAUGUACAGAAAUUGACACAAGUGGAUCAGUUGACAAUAAAGUCUACUGGAGAUGCUUCUGGUUCAGAUCCCAGUGGUGAAUUGGCAUCUGUAUCCAGACUCCUGGAAUCAGCAAGCACAAAUAAUUUUCACAACUUUUUCACUGAAAAUGAAAGUGAAUCCAGCUCAGCAAAAAAUUCAACGAAAAGCUCAACUCCUAGCUCUGCAGAUACAAAGCCUAGUGAAGAGGAUACAGAACUGAGCCCUGACACAUCUGAACACAAACCAGACACAAGUCAGCCAUCCCAGGGUCCAGAUUCCCCGGAGAGUGACUCUGGUAGUCCGGAUAAAGAUGGCGCAAAGAAGAAACGUAAUUCAUACUCUGAUUCACCACGAAAACUGAUGUGUCCAUAUUGUCCUAGAUCUUUCCCAUGGAUCAGUUCAUUGAGGCGACACAUAUUGACACACACUGGUCAAAAGCCAUUCAAGUGUCCUGAAUGUGGUGUAACAUUUUCCACAAAAUCCAACAGAGAGCGCCACUUGAUCCGUAAACAUGGACUGAACAACCUUGACCCUGAGACAAGAGCUAUGAUGGACAGACCUUUCAAAUGUCACCUUUGUGAACACUGCUGUUUUACUGCUCCAGGUAACCUGAUGCGCCACUAUAGAGAGAAGCACCCUGGGAUAGAUCCUCCUCCAGAGAACCUAGAUGCGCAGCUGGGCAUCACUGCUCCCAGAAAUCAUCUGGAUCCAGAGUCUUCAAAAGCUUUUGCUUUGCUUGAUGCACAAAUAAUGGAGAACAAUCCAGAACUUGCUAUAGAUGAAGAGGAACUCGAAGAUGACCUUGACCAGGCCUCAGACACCACUGAACCCCUGGAUGGUAGCUCCUUUCAGCAGACGACAAGUGAAACAGAAAUACUAGAUGCUCCCAUUUUGAAUGGAGAUCCAAAUGAUGGAAGCAAAACGGCUGACACGGAGUCCAUAAAGAGGGAUAAGAUCUCAAGUGAUGGUGUUGAGACAAAUAACAAUGAAACAAUGGUAAAGGAGACAAACACACCAUCUUCACUUCAUCUGAAUCCUGAACGAGACAACUAUAAUGUCGAUUUGAUCACAGAGUGCUGGAAAUGCAAUCAGAACUUCUCCCAGCGCAAAGACCUUCUGAAACAUCUUCGAGAUCAUAACAUUGAUCUGCCGUUUAAAUGCUACCUCUGCGACGCAUCAUUUGAAACUCGCAAAGGUUGCCUCGAGCAUAAAAUAUCCGACCAUUCAGUUCACUGGAAGAACCUAAAGGACAAAGGAAAAAUUGACAAUAUGGAUGAUCAUAUAAAAGCCAUGGAUCAGAUGGUAGAAAGUACAUUCAACUCUAAAGAUGGCAAUUCCGAGAAGCCAGCACAGGAUGUAGACGACAGAUGGGAGGCAACAAAUCCACCAGAUUAUAACCAGCGUAAAGUUUACUGCUCUCUCUGCCCUAAGAGGUUUUGGUCGCUGCAGGAUUUGAGGCGUCACAUGAGAUCUCACACAGGUGAAAGACCAUUUGAGUGUGAUCUAUGUCAAAAGAGGUUCACAUUGAAGCACAGCAUGCAGAGACAUAGACGCAAGCACACAGAUGCUGGCGAAAAUGUUAGUGGGAGCGAUGACGAAGAUACAGAGAACAAACAGGAUAUAGAGAGAACUUCACUUUCAACCAAGACACCAGACUCCAUGUUUGGAAAUGAAUUAGGCCGGGAUUCCCCUGGAAUGAUGCUCCAGUAUCGUAGUCAGUCAAGUUCUCCAGCUGUUGGCUUUGUUAUUCCUAAUCGCCUAGGUAACCUGAAAGGAGAAUCAAACAGUGCACGCAGCACCCCCACUUGGAGUGUUAGAGACCCGGUGCUUGGAUCAAACAAGGGACUAUUUGAUCGUGAUUCACCAAUGUUUGCAGAAGAUCUGGACACAUGUAGCUCCGUGGCAAGUAACGGCUCUGACAUGCUACAAAAUCUAUUAGGAGUAGAAGGUGGUGCCAUUGAUCAAAUGUUGAACUCUGGUGCAGAUUCAGCUGCUAAACUAUUAGGAGUGGAUUAAUGAACCAAUAAAUUUUGAGAUACUGAAAUUAUUGGAUUUAUGAACCAAUAAAAAUUGAGAAAAUGUUACCAUUUAAGUGACAAUAAGCUGGCACACUGGUACACAUCAUAUGGAUUUGGAUUUGCUUUGUUUGUUGCUCUCUUACUAUGACAUUAUGAAUUUUCAUCAAUGGAUUAAACACCUCUCAUAAAGAAUCAGAUGAAAUUGAGAAUCGAAGAACAGUUCCCAACUGCCAAAUGAACAUGGUAUAAAAGAUAAAUAAAGGUACUCAUGAUGUUCAAAAUUGCUGAUGACGUUCAUCAUAAUAGUUGUCUAUUUUUUAUGUCACUCAUUGUUUGUUGAACUUUUAUCCCCUCUUGCAUUUAAAAACUUUACCAUUAUGAAAGUCAAUGUAUGAGAACAAACAACCUACCGAUGAGCAGAAUAUGGCACCAUCAAAAAGGAGAAAUGGUCGUGACAUUAUACAUACAAUUUUUUAUGUAACCGGAGUAUUACAUAUGGAAGAAAACUGAGACUGGGUGACAUUGGUGAAGCAUGUUGGCUUUAGCAUUAUGAAAAUAGGUGUGAUACAUUUGAUUUAUAGCUUUAGUGAUGAUGGUAUAUAAUCUCACGGAUAAGAACACUUUGUUGUAAGAUUUAUAGGCUAUAGAACUAACAAAUGGUAUAAAAUAGAUGACAUACCAACAAAAUAUAUAUAUAUACAUAUAUGUUACCGAUUGUUUUCCCAUUGAAACCAUGAUAUUAGACAUAUACAUUUACAUGUAGAUUAGUGCAGAAUUAGUGUAGGUGAUUACAAGAGGAAUUAGAUCAGGAAAUAUUUAAUGCCAUAUAAUUCAGGAAAAUAAUUGUGAGCUUUUUGUAUUCUGAAUUGUUUAUCGCCUCUGUCAAAUCAGGAAAAUGUGUUGCCAUUUAAUUCAGGUGUAGAUUAUCAGGAAGGGUGCUGUUGUGACAGGUAGUCCCAUAAUAAUAAUAAAUAAAAUAUGUGUUUCCACCAAUUUAUUUGGGACACUCUGUAAUUGUGAUUUACUAUAUAUUAAGUAAACUAUUUUGUAUUUUAUAUGUACAAUAAUAUGUACAGUAUAUAUAACCUGUAUGGGUACAGCAGAGAAACAUAUAUAUUUGCAUUUUUGUUGUAGACAUUUUUCUGGGCCUGUUUGUUUACACAUUUUGUCAUAUAAACUUUACAAUGCUUUGAAAGACCUUUAGCCCACCCUGUACAAAUAACAUAGAACUAACUAAUGGUGUUAUGAAUACAAGCUAAUUCUUACAAUUGUUUACAUGUGGUCUUCAUUUUAAUGGGGUACCUUAAAAUUGUUUAGGGAUUGGAAUCUAUUUAAAUCAGUAUUUUUACUACAAAGAUAUUAGUGUACAUGUAUUACAAUUAUUAUUAUGAUAUGGAAUAAUCAUUUAGAUUUUUAUUAUUUUAUUUUGCAGUAACUUGCAUUAUGCUAUGGAGCUCUACUACAGCAAAUGUAUAAGAUGGUUGAUUUCAUUCAUUAUAAUUGUUUUUACAAAAUGACUUGUUUUAGUCUUGUAUAAAGACCGUGUACCCCCAUGUAGUUCACUUUCCCAACUCACAGAUGAAUGUGAAAAGGAAUACCCAGUAUUGGGGUAAGACUAGACUUGUUUCUUGAUUGAAGAUGUUUAGUAUAGGUUAUAUUAUGUUAUAUGAAUGAUCAAAUCUGUUGAGGAAAAAGCCUGUUUUGAGGAAUAAGAAAAUGCAUUAUUAGUCCGAGAUACAACCUGAGAAAGACAUAAAGUUUUCAGAUUUCUUCUCUGUCUAAAAUUAAUGAGGCUGAACUUCCUCAGAUUCUAGUUAGCUUUACGGGAUGUAUAGAGGACUUUUAUUUCAAGGAACAUUUUCAGAAUGUUACUGUAAUUUUUGCUGUAUACACAUAUGUUGAUGAAAUUCAGGACACAACUGUAU